AUGGUAUUCGCCAAGAAGCUUCCCAACAAUGCUAUUACAGCUGCUAUUGUUGUCAGAGAAUAUGAUGCCAACUCCAAAGAUAGUCGCCGGUUCAAAUUCAGCAUGAAGGCGCGAGAACUCUUGCUGACAGCCAAGAUCAUGCUAGAAGGAAGAUUCCCCUCUGUUUUGACCAAGAAAACGCCUUACUACAAGAAAGUUCAAGAGCAGCUUGAAGCUUCAGUGGAGCCUUUGACAAUGAGCCUGAGCAAGUGGCACAAGGAGCACGGACCUGAAGGCAAGCACUGGUAUGUUAAAGGUGUGGCCUCUGACCCUGACUACCAAGGACAAGGCCAGGGCUCUGCGCUGAUGCGCCGGUUUGCUGACGUUGCAGAUGAAGCUGGAAUGGACUGCUACUUGGAGGCUGCAAGUGAAAAGAAUCGCUACUUUUAUGAAAAGUUCAGCUAUGAGGUUGUGGCGCAGAAAGAAAUGACCAGUGCUUUGAACGACACUCCCCACAGUCUGUACUUGAUGGUUCGUCGACACAAUUGA